UGGCGCUGCCGGUGGAGGUCCCGAUGUGACGUAGUACCGCGCUGAGGGCGGCGGCGGUGCUGUGUGGGGAGGCCGGCCUGGCCGGAAUUCCAACGCCCGGCUUCAGCUCCUCCCCUGUGGCUAAUCGGGAGCAGGCAAGGGGCAGGCGCUAUGAAUGCAAGUAGUCUGACAGCGUUGGUGCGGAGCCUGUAUACCCUACAGGAGGAGCGUGUUGAAGCUUAUAGGCUGUUUGAUUUAGGACACCAGGCUUAUCUCCGCUCAGCUCCUCAUUAUGACUUCAUCAGAUACCGGCAACUUGUACAUGAAAUCACACAGGCCUUUAACCGCAUCUCAAAGGAAGUGAUUCAUCUCAGGGAUCGAUUUCAUGAGGAGUUCGACCGCCCAGACCUCUCAAAACACAUUGAAAGAAUUCAGGAACGGGAGCAGGAGAAACUGGUGAUGACAGCUCAACUACAACUUGCCAAACAGAAUGCAUUGGACCAUCCAGGGAAUGAAACAUACGAGGAGGAAGCUCGGGAACUGAAGCACAGAUGUAGAUGUCACAGGCACAGACACAUUGGGUGGAAAAGUGGGAAGGAGACUGCUAGAGGCAGGAGAUCAUAUGAUGAAACCUCCAGAGAUAAGUCGAAGCAAAGGUGCCAGGAGGCACGUAUGAUACUGGCAACAGCAGUGGAGAAUGAAGAAAGCUAAAGAUGGAAGCUCAGCUAAGAGAAGCUGGCUCAAAGCAGAGAUUUUCUCACAAGUAAUAACGAACACUUCAGGGAUUGCUCAAUAUAUCCAAAGAUUAGUUUUGAUUCAACUGUGUAGGGCAUUAACACUCAGGGUAAUCAGACUGUAUCAGGUUCACAAAGUACAUUUCGCUGAAGAGGUCUGUACUCUUGCUAUCUGAUUAUUCAAAAUGAUCACUGACAUUUUCAUU